AUGUCAGGCAGAGGAAAAGGAGGAAAAGGUCUAGGAAAAGGUGGCGCUAAAAGACACAGAAAGAUUCUCAGAGAUAACAUUCAAGGUAUUACCAAGCCAGCCAUCAGAAGACUUGCUAGAAGAGGUGGUGUCAAGAGAAUCUCUGCUUUGAUUUAUGAAGAAGUGAGAGCUGUGCUCAAGUCUUUCCUAGAGAAUGUGAUCAGAGACGCUGUUACUUACACUGAGCACGCCAAGAGAAAGACUGUCACCUCUUUGGACGUCGUUUACGCUUUGAAGAGACAGGGUAGAACCUUGUACGGUUUCGGUGGUUAA